AUGAUCGGCCGGACAGAGGCUAGGGCUGCUUCCUUCCCACCGCGUCCUUCCUUGUGUGUCGGAGAUAUAAAGCGAGUGCACCGGAACCGGAAAAGAACGGGAACUGGGUCGAUCUAUUCUAUGGCGAAGCAUCCGAAGCAUAACUGCACACUCACACGAUCUUUGCCGAGAGAUAGGAGCAUUCGGUGGAACCGGAGGGCGCCUGGGUAUGUUAUAGAAAAGGAAGGCAGAGGUAGUACUUCGAAUGGCGAAGAGAGGUGGCUCGGCAGGGAAGGAAUGGGAAAGAUCGUCAAGGAUGACUUAUUUGUUGGCGAAACGAAGGGCGCCUUCGGCUUAAGUGAUUCUCUGAGCCGGUCUGGAUUUCCAACGCCUCGGGAAACUGGUCGAGAUAGAUGA